UUUUACUGUAGUGUGUAGUCAGUGCAAACACAGACAGUGUGGUGUUCUUCGUAGGCCAAUUUUUUUUAUUGUUGGCUUGUUGCUGGCAGUAGAGAUGUCCACCACGGAAGAGCAAGCAGCUGCGGAGCAGAACUCAAGUGGGGAGGAGGAGGACGCCCAAGAGCAACCCCAGCCUACACAGCAGAAUACGACCGUGGAAGGCGCGCUGCGUCUCCUCAUCGAUUCUGUGCUCUCAGCCUCGGAAUCACCAUUCGCCGCACCCGAGGAAAGUACUGGCAACAAGCUGAAUGAGGAGGGUCAGUCGAUAGCUUUGCUACUGGGGCUGAUUCGCCGCCUUGUGACACACAAUGGGCUGCCAUUGCAUGGCCUGUCUCGGUCCGGCGGAGCUCGUUUGGCCGCCGCAGCUAGCUACCUGAACGCUUACCUACCCGUCCUGAACGAUAAGUCACUGGCCGCACUGCUGGCUCAUAUACAGCUGGAGACCACACAGUGGCUCUCCGAUUUGUUCAGAAUCGACAAUAUGGCAGGCUACUACCAUAUUGAUCACCGCGAGGGGAUUGUACGAAUCACACGCCUCGCGCUGCACGCCAAGUUCCCCAACUUUGCGCGCGAGGGCUUCAUCGCGCUGAAGCGUCUGCCCGUGAUCUAUGUGGGCGGCUCUGCCAGCGCCUUCUGCCAGUACAUCUGCCUGCAACUGGGACUUCCCCUAUCCUGCUGCUCCGUGGUGCCACACAACACCGUGUUUGGCUCGUCGCACACGAUGGACGUGGCACAGCUCGAGCGGCAGAUGACGGAGGACCUGGCCGACGGGCGCAUCCCGCUGCUACUGAUCGCCUCCGCAGGAACGCCGGUUGUUGGCCAUGUUGACAAUCUGACGCGAUUGCAGAAACUCUGCGAGGACCACCACGUCUGGCUGCACAUCAGAGGACACGGCACAGCACUGAGACUUGCAGGAGCAGAAGACCCGAGUCUAGAGGCGAUUUCAAAAUGCCAGAGCGUGACACUUUCACCGGGAAUCUGGUUUGGCUUGCCCGGCGCUCCACUCUGUACCCUGUACAAGACCGCGGACCCGUCAAUGGCUCUUGCAUCAGACUUGCGAUCACUACCCAGCAGUCUCACAUUACAGCCGCUAUCAAUCUGGAUGGCAUUCCAGUAUCUUGGUCGCAGUCAGCUGUCUCUGAUGAUCAACCAUGCUACUGAGCUGGCUAAGCUUCUGGCAUCGGAGAUCUCCAAGAUCCCGGAGAUGAAAUGUGUGGAUGUUCCGCUUCACUGCAAUCACGUCAUCAUCUUCAAAUUCUCUGGUCUCGCGGCCAGCGUCGAAUCCACAGGCAUUCUGUCGGCUACCACCGACUCAUCCGCCGGAGUGGCUCCCGCUACGCCGAAACAGAAUGGUGAGGUGACGCCGACUAGCAGUGCGACCGCAUCCACUGCGGCAACAACCGACGAAGACGCGGAGGGAGAGAGACAGCCGUCGGCCGCAAAGCCUUCAGGUCACAUCGGCAAGCUGUCGCAAACCGCCCUCGACAACCUCAACAGCAUGCUUCUACGCAGUGUACAGCGCAGCGUGCCCUUCAUCGCCAUGUCUAUUGUACGCUCACAGCAACACGGCGAGUGCCUUCGCUUCAGUCCGCUCGAAACUGCUGCCGUUUACGGGACAUCAUUCGAAGAUGUGCACAAUUUCUGCGGUCGCCUAGUAAAGAGAAUCGCAUUAGUCAAUCGCACUAUCGCCAAUCAGCCACAGUUCCUUAGCCUGGCCGGCGAUCACGAGUGUGUGCAGCUGGUCAACGCGCAGGAAACGUCGGGCCUCGCUACGCUACGGUUUAUACCUCGUUACAUUGGCCCGGCUGCACAGGGUCAGUUCAACACGGAGGAGAUAACGGAGAUCAACCGCGUCAACAGCGGUCUGGCCGCGGCGCUGGCAACGACCUACGGCUUUGUGCGCGACGUGCAGACCUCCGACGGGCAGGUGUUUGUCGAGAUUGGCUGGUUGCUGGAGGACAUCAACGUUGCAGCGUUUGUUGAGGAAAUAAUUGAGGCCGGUACUAAUCUCGAGGAUUCCUCCCGGUACUUGGACUCAAUGUCGGAGGUUAUCAGACAUGGCAUUGAAGCAGCACAGCGAGACCUGGAGGAAGCAGCGGAGAAGAAAAUGCAGGAAGAGGGUAUUCUGCGCCACGUUCCCAUCGUCGGUGGCAUGCUCAACUGGUUCAUGCCCCAAGAGACGGCACCCACUGCAGCUGGUCUCAGCCUCAACCUGCAGUCAGGUACCCUAGAGACGACCGAGAACACGUACAAGUAUCGCAUGCAGGUGGCCGGUUCCGGUGCCGAAGCCGGCGAGGAGGAGUUGGGUGACGAGGUGGCCCGCGCCCACGGUCCCAUCGACAGUCCAACCGUUCCCGUCGCCAUACCCGUGGCAGCCGCCGCCACAGCAGCAGCGACGACGACGGCGGAACAAACAGACAAGUGAGCUCCUUGCACCUACAGCAACCCCGCCGCCGUCGCCACCCGGCUGUCCCGUGCGGCAUAGCGCUGUCACCUGCCCACUGGCGCUGGGUCAUCGUUCCGUGCGUCGCCGUGUUUCGGCCUGUGUAGCAGCUACGUGCACGCAAGCUGCUGACCUGGCCGCUACUGUACACGCGGCAUUGUCACCUGUUGCUGGAAGUACAUGUACUACUACUACUACUCUAGCCCCCGACCUUAUCUAGCUUGGUUGGCUGAGAAGCUAGCGGACAACACCUGGCAGCUUUAACCCUAUUGAACAGUACGGAACAGUACAUGCCUGCUGCCGCUGCUGCACUCAAUGCCAUUCGUCACCGAUAGAGAGAGCCCCGGUGCCCUGUGACGUUCCACUGUUUGUUCGUGUUGCACAUUAUCGAUUUACCUAACCCCUUUUUUUCCUGUGCUCGUUUCUUAGUCCGCUCUGUCCCCUGCGCGUAUGCAUGUGCAUGUACGUGGAAUACCAUUGUCCUGCUGUUCUCCCACACAUUUCUAUUAUUUUAUUCGAUAGGCCAUCAGCAAGAUUAUCAUUUCAACUUA